CUUCGCGUGCAGUGAAAGUGUGCCCGGUGCAAAUAUAUUUUACCGGAAACAAUAAUGAAAGUCUAUUUAAUAUUGGGUCUGCUGGUAACGGCUGCGUGCGCCGAGAAGAAAAUUAAUUUAGAAGAUAUAGAGAGGGAUAAUCUGAGGGCGGAGAAUAAAGCCAAAGCCGAGAACAUCCAGACUGAUGAAACGAAGUACUCCGUUAAACCCAAUGUUAAUCAGCAGCAGUAUCAAAUACCAAGCCAAUAUAACACUUUGGGUGGCCAUCCCGAUGGAGGAUCAUACAUCUCCUCGCAACAAUUAGAGGAUAUAAAAUAUAGCCAGGUGCCACCUGAACAAUACAUUCAACCCAAUCAAUACGCAGUACACGAAGCACAAUAUCAACAGCAAAGCCAAAGUCUGCCGCAAUAUCAACAGCAAUAUCAACAGAGUCCAAUUUUGACGCAACAAAAUAUUCCACUAUUGCAAUACAAUUACAACGGAUAUCAGCAGCAAGUGGAAGUACCGACGAAAGGCGCUGCACCGAAUGCCUUCGAAGCUCAGAAAUUGAAUUACCAACCGGAAGUAGUGGUAGGCAAUCACAUUCAAAGUGUUCAGCAAAAAGCAGUCACGGACAAGUAUACGAAAACCAGCAAUAAAGGACCUGUUUAUUUCGACGUUCCAGCGACCCAACUACUUUCUUAUUAUCCUUAUUUAAAUAUUAAUUCCGCUGUGAGUACGAAAGGAGUGGUUCAACCUUCAUUACAUCAAUUACCGAACAACGCCGUUCCACAAAUUUCUCUACCAGUGUAUACUCCAGUGUACAAUCAGAAGCCACUGGCUUCUUCCGUUAAAACGCCUUAUCCCUACCCUACGAUCGUACCGACAACAUUUACGUCCAAGACAACGAAAGGAUCGGCUUAUACAUUUCCAGUCACGUUGAAGAAAGUAAAUCCGCCUUCCUUGCCGGCGUUAUCUUUGUAUGUCCAACCGCAACAGCCUUUAGCUCAGGGGAAAAAACUGUUGUAUACACAAGCUUACGUCACGCCCUCGCAGCCGCAAUAUGUGCAGCAAUUAAUUUACACACAGCCCGGUGUAGUUUACAGCGAUCCCACCGCCGCUUACAGCGAUCUUUACGCCCGCAUACCGGCGUACAUUCAGGAAAAUUCCCUUCGCGGUCAGGUAAAUCAAUAUGAAACGCAGCAACAAGUGUACGUCACACCGACGAUUGGCCAUGAAGCACCGAAGGAGGUGUUGCAGGAGCAAGUCGGCCAAGAACUUCCGCAGGACUAUAUCAAGGUGCCUGAUGAACCAAAAACUCACUUUAUACCGCCGCAGUUGCCAGCGCAGGAUUUCAAAUCCAGCAUUACGCAACUGGAGCCCGUUUCCUAUGAAGACGAGGAGUCCUUACAAGUGAAAGAUCAUUCCUUGCCCUCCGAACCGAAGACGCUUCUUGAUACGUACAUUCCAAGCAGAAUCAUCGCGUCGCAGGAUAGCACCAGGUACGUGGAAAGGCCGAUAAAACUAGAAGGAGGUUUUCUCCCAUCGAAAACGAAUUUUGCGCUGAAGAAGCGCAAGUCCGAAUAAAGAGGACCGCCGCGAGCGAUCGGUGACGAUUGACGAAUGUUAUAUAUACACAAGGGUCAGUACACGGAAAUUCAAUUACCAGCAAUUAUGACGACCAAGGCAUACAUGGAAAAUAUCGAAGAUGCGCUGUCCGAAUCUCGAGACCAGCGACAUCAUCGCAUCUAGUCUUUCAUCGAAGAUUAUGCAAACUUUAUGCUGUUCUCCUUUACAUUUAUAGAGACGUGCCCAGUGAGCGGCGUACUUUGUUUACGAUUUUUCAA